AUGGCAGCUGCCAACCACACAAGCUUCACAAUAGUCAAAUGCAUCCUGGUUGGUGUGCAAGGCAUGGAGGAUGCACAUACCUGGCUCUCUGUCCCGUUCUGCUCCAUGUACAUCCUUGCGCUCCUAGGGAAUGGACUCCUCCUCUUCAUCAUCAUCAAGGAGCGCAGCCUUCACCAGCCCAUGUUCCUCUUCCUGGCCAUGUUGGCUACUUCAGAUCUGGUGCUCUGCACCACCACCAUGCCCAAAACCCUCAGCAUCUUCUGGUUCAAUGCCAAGGAGAUUGUCUUUGAGGCCUGCGUCACCCAGAUGUUCAUCAUACACUUCCUUUUUGUAGCUGAGUCAGCCAUCUUGCUAGCUAUGGCAUUUGACCGGUACAUUGCCAUAUGCUGUCCAUUGCAAUACAGCACCGUGCUGACCCCCUCACGGAUAGCAAAGAUUGCAGUGGCGGCAGCCGUUCGCGCAUUCUGCCUGAUGGCUUCUCUGACCUUCCUCCUACUGAGGCUGCCCUUCUGUGGCCCCAAUGUCAUUUCCCACACGUUCUGUGAGCACAUGGGAAUUGUCCGGCUGGCCUGUGCAGACAUUACGCUCAACAUUUGGUACGGCCUCACGGUAGCUCUUUUAACCACGGGAGCAGAUACCGUUUUUAUUGCCGUCUCCUACGUUUUGAUCCUCCGGGCCGUCUUUCGGCUCCCAUCCAAAGAUGCCCGGGCCAAAGCUCUCGGCACCUGCGGCUCUCACCUCUGCGUCAUCUUGAUGUUUUAUGUCCCGGCCUUUUUCUCCAUCUUCGCUUACAGAUUUGCUGUGAAUAGCAUUCCCCGCCCGGUUCACAUCCUGCUGGCUAACCUCUUUGCCAUCGUGCCCCCCAUGUUAAACCCCAUAGUCUACGGGGUGAAAACCAAGCAGAUCCGGGAGCGGGUGGCUCGGAUGUUUUUACAGACUAGGAAAUCACACUGA